CGCUGAAGACUCGGGCGAGCGGCUCGCAUCGUCGCUCCAGGCUGCCCCGGAGCCUCCGCCGCGCGCGUCGUCGCCAGCCUCGCGAAUAACAAAAGAACCUGGAAAAGUUGGAGAAGAUAAAGUAUAUUCAGUAUCCAGAUCAGGAGAUCAACAAGCCAGGAAAUGCACAAUUUUGAGGACGAGUUAACAUGUCCCAUCUGUUACAGUAUUUUCGAAGAUCCUCGAGUCCUGCCAUGCUCUCAUACGUUUUGUAGAAAUUGUUUGGAAAAUGUUCUUCAGGCAACUGGGAACUUUUAUAUAUGGAGGCCUUUGCGAAUUCCACUCAAGUGUCCUAACUGCAGAAGUAUUAUUGAAAUUUCUUCAACUGGUAUAGAAUCCUUACCUGUAAAUUUUGCAUUGAGAGCAAUUAUUGAAAAGUACCAGCAAGAAGACCACCCAGAUGUUGUCACCUGCCCUGAACACUACAGGCAGCCAUUAAAUGUUUAUUGCCUACUAGAUAAAAAAUUAGUUUGUGGCCAUUGUCUUACUAUAGGCCAACAUCAUGGUCAUCCUAUAGAUGACCUUCAAAGUGCCUAUCUGAAAGAAAAAGAUACACCUCAGAAGCUGUUUAAACAGUUAACCGACACACACUGGACAGACAUCACCCGUCUUAUUGAAAAGCUUGAAGAACAGAAGUGUCAUUCUGAAAAAAUGGUUCAAGGUGAUAAGGAAUUUGUUCUUCAGUAUUUUAAGGAGCUUAGUGAUACAUUAGAACAGAAAAAGAAAUUUUUUUUGGCAGCUCUUUGUGACGUUGGCAAGCUGAUCAAUCAAGAAUAUACUCCGCAGAUUGAAAGGGUGAAGGAGAUCAGAGAACAGCAGCUGGAGUUAAUGACAGUGACUACAUCUUUACAAGAUGAGGCUCCACUUAAAUUCCUAGAAAAAAUUGAUGAUGUCCGCCAGCGUGUGCAGAUGUUGAAACGGAGACCACUCCCCGAGGUCCAGCCUGUUGAGAUUUAUCCUCGAGUAAGCAAAGUAUUAAAGGAAGAGUGGAGCAGAACAGAAAUUGGACAUAUCAAGAAAGCUGUCAUUCCUGAAAUGAGAAUUUCUUCAAAAAGGAUGCCAUGUUCCUGGCCUGACAAGGAUGAAAAAGAACUCGAAUUCUUUAAAAUUUUAAAUAUUGCUGUAGUUUCACUGAUUUCAGUGAUAUUAAUGUUGAUACUCUUUUUCAACCAACACAUAAUCACCUUCCUAAAUGAAAUCACUUCAAUAUGUUUCUCUGAGGUCUCUUUGUCUGUUUACCAAAGUUUAUCUAAUAACUUAAAUGACUUAAAAAAUAUGGUAUGCUACACUUUAUAUUUGUUAAAGGAAAUCAUAUUGAAAAUAGUUUCUCGUUGAAAACCCAAAUGAACAGUUUUAAGUAGGCUUCUCCUGUUUAGUAGAGCCUAACCAUUGCUAGAUGGAAGUUGGGUAGUAUAAGUAGCAAACUUACAUAGAAAUAUGGUAAACCUUCCAUGGUUGGAUAGAAAUGGUGCCAGAAAUGAUAUAUUAUCUGAAAGAUUAUUCAAAUCAAAUUAAAAAAUUAUUUUUGAUUUGAAUAUUUUUUGGCUUGAUAGUCAAAGUUUUAAAUCUAAGAAGCAUCUUUUUUUUUUUUUUACUAUAACAUGCUUUGCAGUUCUUUGUAGAUAUUAGAUUAGAAAAAAUUGACAAGAUCCUUGAUCCACAUAUCUAUCUUGAUGUUAUUUGAAGCUUUUCAGUGUAUAGAUGUAGGUGGGAAAAGUUUUAAGAUUCAGGCUAGGAUUGCUUAAAUGUCUUUUUGGUCAAACAUAAAUCAAGAACAUACAUUCCAAAUACAGCUUUUGGAUAAUGCCAAGUGUCUAGUACUUAUUUUAUAGAAACUUUGUGUUUAGAAUUUGAGUUUAAUGUCUAGAGAAUCUCUUAAGUCAGGGUCAGUCUGGGUAUUGUAUUGACAUCUCUAAAAACCAAACAGGUUAAAAACGAGGCGGAGCCCUUGCUUUGUCUCCAGCACCAGAAAGCAAAACAAUUAUUUUGCUUUUGUAGUGUUUUAAUCUUGUUCUUACAUUAAAAAGUAUAUUAAACAUGUAUGACAAUCAUGUAAACUAUAUCUUAAAAUGGUCUCUAUAGCCCAAGUACUGGGAAUUAUGAGUUGCCAUAAAUUAGAUCUUAAAAGAUCUCAUUAAGGCAACCUUUAAUUCCCUUAACAAGGACUAGCAUGAUGUUUGCAGUGUAACUUUGGAUCACUGUCACUAAAAUACCCAAAUGAAUCCCUAGCUCUGGGGAUCAUUAGGGCCUGGAGAGAUGGCUCUCCCAGAGGUUCUGUGUUUAGUUCCCAGCAACCAUAUUGUGAUUCCAUGACCAUGUAUGAAAUCUGGUGCUCUCUUCUGGCCUGUAGGCAUAUGGUGUGAUUCCAUGACCAUGUAUGAGAUCUGGUGCUCUCUUCUGGCAUGUACGCAUAUAUGCCAGCAGGAUGCUGUAUGCAAAAAAGCUUAAUCAUUAGGUCCACUUAACAGAUCAGAUUUUAUCCAGCAUUAUUAUUAUAGAGGCCAUUUGGAAGAUGGAGUGGAGGUAAGGGGGUACAGUGUUCAGUUUUUAACAGACACAUAGGUCGCACUGAGUGCUAUUUUUAAAUGUAAAUAUUAACAAAGAAUGUUAGCUAAGAUGUUUUUCAAGGGGCCACUAACUUCUUUGUACAGAUGAUGAACAAACCAAAGUAAUGCAGUGCCAUAUUAGGUGGGAGAAUGUUCUCAUCAGUGUUUAUCAUGCUUUAAAAACUCGAGCAGGCCAAGACAGGUGUUAUUAACCGAAACUUACAUACGCUCCAAACUAAACAAACAUAUGCCGAGUAUUACCUUAAAGGCUUGACAAUUUUUAGUGUUUUCUGGUAAGUUAUUAUAUACUGUUUUAUAUCUUUACUAUUAGGCUGAGAUUGUACAAAAAACACAUUUGGAAAUUAUGGGUUUAUGUGUAACGAUAUAUUUGAAUAAACUUGAUAUUUUAUUGAAUGGCUUAGGAAUUGGCUUUGGAAUUUUUAUACAUAAGUUAGCUCUCAACUCCACCUAGUUAUUAAAAUGUAAUUUCAUUCACUUUUAUAUUUGUAGCAUGCUGCUGAUUUGUAGUGCUUUAUUAUGAAUCAUGGUAGGAAGCAUUUGACUAAUUCCUUAGAAACUGAAUAAGGCAAAUAC